AAGAUCGAGCAUCAUCUUCAUCCAUCCAUUGAAUCUUCAACUCCUAGAGCUCGAUCGCAAGCUCGAUCAAAGCUCACGGCCAUGGCGUCUUCUUCUUCCUCCAGCAGAACCACGAUCCUCCUGCUAAUGGCGGCGGCGGCGGCGAGCCUCCUCUGCCUGGCGCAAGCAGAGGAGUCGCCGCUGAAGCAGGACUUCUACAGCGAGACGUGCCCUGGCGUGGAGGAGCUGGUGCGUAAGGAGCUGAAGAAGAUCUUCGCCGACGACUCCACCAUCCGGGCGGGGCUCCUCCGGCUGCACUUCCACGACUGCUUCGUCCGCGGCUGCGACGCGUCCCUGAUGCUCGACUCCCACAACGGCACCGCCGAGAAGCACGCCGACCCCAACCUCACCGUCCGCGGAUACGAGGUCAUCGAGGCCCUCAAGCUCAAGGUCGAGGCCGAAUGCCCCCUCGUCGUCUCCUGCGCCGACCUCAUGACCAUCGCCGCCCGCGACGCCGUCAAAUUCAGCGAUGGUCCGGACUACCCGGUGGAGACAGGGCGUCGGGACGGCAACAUCUCCAUGGCAGCCGACGCGAAGCGCGACCUGCCGCCGGCGGACGGCAACGUGACCGUCCUCACAAAGUACUUCGCCGCCAAGAACCUCACAAUGAAAGACCUCGUGGUCCUCUCCGGCGCGCACACUCUGGGCGUCGCCCACUGCCCGUCCUUCUCUGGCCGCGUGCACAACCACACCGGCGCCGGGGACGCCGACCCGGCGCUGGACGCCGGCUACCUGGCCAAGCUCAACGCCACCUGCGGGCCGGCGAACGUCGCCAGCGUCGUGCCGCUGGACGCGGCCACCACGGACAAGUUCGACCUGGGGUAUUACCAGUCGGUGCGUGGCCGGAAGGGGCUGCUGGGCUCCGACGACGCGCUCAACCAUGACAGCCUCAUGGGCGCCUAUGUCGAGCUCAUGAACAAUGCGUCGUCGCUUGACACAUUCUUCCAAGACUUUGCUGUGUCCAUGGUUAAGAUGGGCAGGGUCGGCGUGCUCACCGGAGAAGAAGGCGUGAUCAGGGAGAGCUGCACAAUCUUCGUCGACUGAUCGCCCAAUUAGUUUUGCCAAUUUCUUUCUUUUCUGCUGCCUCUCGUCGAUUGAUGCUAAUAUAUGAUGAUGCACCGGCUUUGUUUCCAAUUUCUUUUUUUGUUGCUUGUAAUGCUUUAUCAUUGGUGGCUUUUUGGAACAUUAAUUCGUUAUUUCUUGAUUCUAAUUAA